AUGGAUACUUCAAAUACUUCUAGAAGCAAAAGAAAACAGAAAGCGUUCACAGAUAUAGGGAUUCGCGGAAGGAAAACUGGGGUGAAGUUACCACAGGACGUGUCAAAAGGAGUAAAUGGGCUAGAUGACAUCAAUUCCUUUUUUCAGGCAGCCAGUUCCAAAGACAGAACAGAAUCUCAAGAGUUACUUCAGGACGAUCAUAGUUUAUCGACAAAAGAAGCCGAGUUUGUCUCUGAACAUGAUUUGUCGCAAGCUGUUGAAUCACCACACGUAGCUAACGAAAACAUAGCUUAUGGUAGUCCUGCAGCCGAAGCUAGGGAACUAUCGCACGCGUCAUUACAAUUGAUUGAUGAAAACAUUAAUCAGCCAAAUGAACGUUCCCAAGAUAAAUUGGAAGCGUCUAAUUCACUGGAGGUAUCAAUGUCUCUUGUAUCAGAUGAACAUAUAUCCUCGACGCUUCCUCAGCAAAUUUCAUCAAGAGAGGAUUCACUUCAGAUUUCGCAGAGAGAAAUUACCGACCCGGGUCCGUGUCUUACUAGAGAUAUUCUGAAUAGUGCUGUUAUUUCGAACGGUAAUUCUAAAGAUCAUAUGAAUGAGGAUGAUUCUCCUAAGCGCUCAAAGGGGAGAGGGCGUUUUAAAUUGAUUGUUGACUUAGAGGAUAAUGUUCCUUAUACGACUGUCGAAGAUGACGAGCAAUCUGAAGAUGAGAAUAGUCCUAGUGAGGUGGUUCAAAGUUCGAGUAAAGUAAAAUCUAAUUCAUAUGAGAAAGGAAUCAAACGAUCCAGUAAAGUAACCAAACAACAAAAGAAGUUACAAAAAAAAAGUAUACGUGAAAAAAGACCUCUGCGCAUUGAAACACUUGAUGAAUAUGACGAACAAUAUUUUGAUGAGGAGAUCAACAAAAAAAUUACUCAAACGAAUCAAAGUAUCCGACGCGGACAAUCUGUCGAUUCAGAAACACAUGAAGGUUCGGAGGACGAAUACCGAGUCGAAAGUUCAGAUGAAAAUCGCAAUAAAUCUCAAAAUUCUUCUCGACGCGCCAAAAGUCGCACUAAUGUUGUACCUCGCAAACGUGUUUUGCGUAAAGAUAAUAGUAGUAGACCAGCACGAAAUAAAUCCGUCACACAAGAUAUUCUCGACGUUGCAGUAAAUAACCUUAAUGAAAAGCCCGAAGAUGAUAGAGUUCGACGAAGCAAGCGCCAACGUAUAAAACCUGUGGAAUUCUGGAGAAACGAAAGGGUUGUAUAUAGAAGUGACAAAACUGAGGUGAUCCGUAUUCCUCUUGUAGAGGAGGAGUUAAAUGAUGAUUCAGACUCGGAAGCCUCCAACUCAAAGAAACGUAAACGUGGUAACACCAAGAAAACAAAAAGAACAGAUGAUGCGACUAAGUUCGAGGGCGACGUUCAGGUCUGGGGUGAAAAUGAAGUAGUUUCGAAACAGCUUGUUUAUAAUUUAAAUAUGCUAAGGCCUAAAACUGUGGAUAAUAACAAAUACAAACUCCAAAAAACUUUUCACGAAGAGAACUUUUUUUCAUCAGGAUAUGUCGUUAUACCAAAGGGGUGUGAAAAACCGAAAAAGAGUUCUGGCGAUAGUGCCUUGGUAUUUGUUGUGAUAAAAGGACCCGUGAUAUUUACGAUCAGUGAGCAAUCGUUUACGGUCAGAGAUAGCGGACAAUUUUUCGUUCCAAGAGGUAAUGACUACAGUAUUAAAAAUUCAAGUCGAUAUGAGGCGCGCUUAUUUUUCGUUCAAGGCAAGGAAGUUGAGGUAUCAAGUUCCAAAUCCCCAGAAGAAGACCUUUGA